AUGUCUGUGAGCUCUACAUCUACAAACAUGCUCAGGCGCGCACUACGUGGCACUCGGUUGACGUCCGCCUCCGAAUCCUACGCCCGCGCUACGAGGCCCGUGGCCUUCACGCCCUCUAGGGCCGUGGCCAGUGCCGCUCGUCUUCCUACAAUCACCGCCUCAGAGACACGUCGCCGACCGACGGUACGACCAUAUCAACAACCGAUGGGCCAGAGUGAUGUUGUUGGGUCGCUUUCCAGCAAACGCACCAUCUUUAUCCAGACCGAAAAUACCCCGAACCCCGAUGCUCUGAAAUUCAUUCCCAACCACCGUGUCCUGCCCGAGGAUUUCCCUACCUCCUUCCUUGAAUAUCUUUCUCCCCGCGCUACUCUCGCUCCGCCGCACCCGUCGCCUCUCGCCGCCAAGCUACUUGACUCAGAAGGUGUCACAUCAGUCUUCUACGGACCUGACUUCAUCACUGUGACCAAGGCUCCCGAUGCGAACUGGGCGCACAUUAAGCCCGAGGUGUUCAGCCUGAUCACGCAGGCCGUGACCUCGGGCGAGACUAUCGUCUCUGUUGUGGAGGGUUCUUCCGCUGACAGCGCUGAAGGCGGCGGGGAUGACUCUCUUGCUUAUAAUGAAGACGAUGACGAGGUGGUUGGUAUGAUCAAGGAGCUCCUGGAGACGCGCAUUCGCCCGGCUAUUCAGGAGGAUGGCGGAGAUAUCGAGUUGAGGGGAUUCGAGGAUGGCAUCGUCAUGCUCAAGCUGCGGGGUGCUUGCCGUACCUGCGAUUCCAGCACUGUGACGCUCAAGAAUGGUAUCGAGUCGAUGUUGAUGCACUAUAUUGAGGAAGUCAAGGGUGUUGAGCAGGUCAUGGAUGAGGAAGAGGUGAUCUCAAUGCAUGAGUUUGCUCGCUUCGAGGAAAAGCUGCGCCAGCAGAAGGCGCUGCGGCUACUGCUAGCUCUCCGCUAG